AUGCUAAGUCGGUUAUGUUUUAUACAGAGUCGUUCAUUUUCAGUAACAUGUGUUUAUCUGCUACCCAAUCGUUAUUGGCGUAUUGAGAAUAAAUUACCAAAGCAUGAUUCACAAUAUGGCCCGUUAACCGAUUUACCCGAUUAUUCGUAUCUAGAUGGUCAACCAACUCCAAUGAAUGGAAAGACUCGACGUCGUUUAGAAUGGAAUAAAACUAUUGUACAUCGAAUACAUGAACUAGAUGCGGAAUUAAAAGCCGCACAGGAUAAAUAUGCACAAAAAAUUCAACAAGCCGUCGAUGAGUAUAGCAAUGUAGUUGAAAUUUCAACUAGAUUAAAAUCUCCACAGUUAUCAGCAGAGAAAAAAUGGGAAAAAGAAAAUAUUUUAGACACAGUUCCACGACCAUCUAUAAUCUAUCCCAAUAGAAAUUCAGCACAACCACAUAUGUUAAAUGCAUUAAAAGACGCCACAACUUAUAAUGAAGCAUUUGAGGAAGUUAUUGAUCCUGUCGGAAAAAUCGUUCCAAAUCACUUAGCAAAUACCAAGAGGCCAAACAGCAAAAUUAAUGAUAGACGGAAAUGGCAUAGUCCGACAAAAGUUCGUGGACGAAAAGUGUACAUGUUUCCCAGAUAG